AUGCUUCCCAUGUCGGCGGGCGGCGCAGACACCGUCGAUACCCUCGUCGCGUUUUUGGAAGCGUGGUUCCAUCAUCUUCUCUGCCUUCGCGGAGUGUAUCCUGCAGCUUUCUUUCGUCGCGUUCGCCUUUUUGGCCAGUUUGUGUGGUGGAGCCAGGCAAAAGCGGUUUCUUCCUACAUUCGCGAACUGUGCAUUUCCUUGCGCGAGAGUCUCCAGCGCCGUCUCCUUCCUUUGAUUCGUCUGGCUAUUUUCGACAAGAACAACUCAGUUCUUGAGUGGUUCGACUUUUGCUUUUCGUACGCCUCCUCGUCCUUCUCGUCUUUGACCUUCCCGCAACUUUCGUCAGUGGAACGAUGCCACCACGACGGAGGAGAGCCCGCCGGAGCCGCGCUGAAUUUGGCGAGAAAUUCAGCUUUGGGCUGCGAGAGUGAGAGAGACAGCGAAAGGGAAGGGCAGCACUCACACCGCCAAGACGGGGAGACCAAGGCAAAGCCGAGGAAGAGCGAAAGUGCGGCCGGGGGCCGUUUCUGGUGCCGAAAAAGAUGGAGGGAGUUCGAAGGACCGGUGGACGAGACGCCGCGGGCCGGCGACGAAGAUGGUGAUGACGUCAACCGGACCCAGAAAUCCAGGCGCAGAAACCCCAGCUCAGGGCCGAAAGAACGCAAUGAGUUCCCGCUGCCUGAGUAUCCAGCUGAACACUUCCGCGAUGUUUUGACUCGGCUGGAGGUCAGCAGCUUCUGGAUAGACGACUUUCGCGAGGAAGGCCAAGGAGAGGGAGAAGCUCCAGAGCACGAAGACGAGCAAAGGACAAGGGAGCGGCGACGCAGGUCCAGACAGUUGGAGAAGCGGCCGAUCGGUUCCGCGAAGCUGCAGGAAGGCCAGGCUCUGCUUAAUAGGAGAAAAGCAUGCGCGUUUCGCAUCUUCGUGGAAGUGGAUCCAACUGUUCUCUCGCGCCUCGUGGAAGCUCGGAAAAGUACAGGUUUGCGCCCGAGUCCCUCACCACCCGAUGAGGAUCUUCACGCCGUCCAGAGACUUCGCUGCAGCUGGAUGCCUUCCUUGCCUUCUUUUUCUCCAUUUGCGUCUCCGUCUUGGGCCUCGUCAGCCUGUCUCCCUUCGUCUCCUUCGGGUUCUGCCCCGGCGCUGACGCGGCCGUCCAAGGCUGCUCUGCCGCUCGACAGAGAAACAGAAGUCUCUGUCCUCGUUUCCGCAUUUCCCUUUUGCGUCCACUCGUCCUUCGCCUCCGCUUCUUCUCUCGCCGCCUCCUCGCCGCGCGGUUUUCUCGCCGUCUUCGCGAGUGUGCCUACGCACAGCAAGAAGGCGACCACCUGUCAGGCUCUCUCCCGUUCUCCCUCGUCUUCGACUGUCCUUUCCUCGGACUACCUUCACGAGUUUCGCAGAAAUACGCCCGAGAUCCAGGCAACGCGGGACAGGAAGGAAGGCACGAAGACAGAGAACAAGGCAAAACACAAAACAGAAAAGGCAGAGAAGAGGAGAGCGGAAGCGAACGAGCUCGAGGCGGAGAAGGCAAACCUCUGGUUAGCAGCGGCUGAUCUCGUUGGAUUCCCCGAGCGUCCAACGUAA